CGUCCGUCGCUAUCUCUGCCAUCAAGUCUCUCCACCACGUCGCGUGGCGCGGCCCCCUCAGUCUCGCCCGGCGUUUCCAUCUAACAUCAACUGCAGUUUGCCCCCGCCAACUCGCUAGGCCUGCUGCUACCGUGUUCGGGUCCGCUAGAAGCAAUUCCGCUUUCUCCCUGUACCUGAAGCCACGGCUACAGCUGCCAGCAACCUCUUGGAACAUGUCGUCGUCGGACGAUGACACCCCGCUCGUCAAGGGCAGACCGAAUGGAGUAAAAUCGGAAGCCUACAUCUCCAAGAACAUCGACAGAGCUAUGGACAAGGAAGACCCAUCCAACGGGCACGUCGAGCCUGGCGUUUCCAUACGCAUGGGCCCUGUCGAGGAGAUGGAUGUCGACACUCCAGCCCUUCCGAAUGGACACACGAACGGAAAACGAAAGUCUCGGGGCAGCACGACGAACGGCAAGACCUACAAGGAAGCCAGCAGCAGCUCCGACGACGAUAAGCCAUUGAGUAAGCGCCGAAGGACCUCUCCAGCUGCAAAUUCUGCGCAAGAUUCCGACUCUGAACCCAGCGAUGAGCCCUUAGCCCACAGGUCACGCCCGGCCGUAAAGAAGCCUCCCAAAGCUACUGCGGCGCAGAUGGGAGAAUCGUCGGACUCUGACACACCUCUGGGCGUUAAGCUAGUGAAAGAGAAGGAGAAGAUCGAAAAGGCAGCCGAGAAGGAGGCUGAGGCCAUCAGGCGGGACGAAAAGAAAGCUCCUACCAUCAAGCGAAAGCCAAAGAAGGUUGAAAGCGACACCGAUGAUGAUAUUCCGCUUGCGAAGAAGAAGAAGCCUACGGCGAAGGCUACCAAUGGAGUCAAAGCCGAGUCGGACUCUGAGACUCCUCUCAAGCGCAAAGCGUCCGCGAAGAAAGCUAAAGUCAAGGCGGACCCAGCGACUCCAGCAAAGAAGGGCAAGGGGAAAGUGAAGAAGGAGGAGACCGAUCAGGACCGCGAGGCUGAAGCCGAAGAAGAGGAAUACAGAUGGUGGGAAGACCCAACCAAGGGCGACGGCACCAAGAAGUGGACUACUCUCGAGCACAACGGCGUGAUCUUUCCCCCAGAGUAUGAACCUCUUCCUUCGCACGUCAAAAUGCUCUACGACGGCGUUCCGGUCAGCCUCCACGAGGACGCCGAGGAAAUCGCAGGCUUUUACGGUGGAAUGCUGAACUCUGCCCACAACGUCGAGAAUCCUACGUUCAACAAAAACUUCUUCGAGGACUUCCAGAAAAUGCUAGCCAAAACUGGCCACGCCACGGACAAGAACGGCAACAAAGUCAAGAUUCAGAAGUUCGCCAAGUGCGACUUCAAGCCAAUCUUCGACUACCUAGAAGCAGAGCGAUUGAAGAAGAAAGCCCUGCCUGCCGCAGAAAAGAAGGCGCUCAAGGCAGCCAAAGACGAAGCCGAGAAGGACUACAUGUUCUGCAUAUGGGACGGUCGUAAGCAGAAAGUCGGCAACUUCAGAGUCGAACCUCCUGGUCUUUUCCGUGGUCGCGGCGAGCACCCCAAGACUGGGCGUGUCAAAAACCGAGUGCUUCCUGAGCAAAUCACCAUCAACAUCGGCAAGGAAGCCAAAGUCCCAGAACCUCCAGCAGGGCACCGCUGGAAGGAAGUCAAGCAUGACCAGGAAGGCACCUGGCUGGCUAUGUGGCAAGAAAACAUCAACAAUGCGUACAAGUACGUUAUGCUGGCUGCCAACUCCGAUGUCAAAGGACAGAGCGAUCACAAAAAAUUCGAAAAAGCUCGCGAGCUGAAGGAGCAUAUUGACCGCAUUCGCAAGGACUACCAAAAAGACCUAAAAUCCAGCAUCAUGGCUGAUCGUCAGCGCGCCACUGCUGUCUACCUCAUCGAUCAGUUUGCACUUCGUGCUGGUAACGAGAAAGGUGAAGAUGAGGCUGACACUGUCGGUUGCUGCUCUCUGAAAUACGAGCAUGUUACUCUACGGCCUCCGAACACGGUUAUAUUCGACUUCCUGGGUAAGGACAGCAUUCGAUUCUACGACGAGGUUGAAGUCGACCACCAGGUCUUCAAGAACUUGAAGCUCUUCAAGAAGGAACCAAAAAGCACUGGUGAUGAGAUCUUCGACAGACUGACUACCUCCGCUCUUAAUAAGCACCUGAGCAACUACAUGCCUGGCCUUACAGCCAAGGUGUUCCGUACCUACAAUGCCUCCUGGACCAUGGCAAGACUGCUCCGAGAGAUGACGUCCAAGGGAACGAUUCCGGAGAAGGUCAAGGACUACAACGAUGCGAACCGAAAGGUUGCCAUUCUUUGUAAUCACAAGCGUACAGUAGCAGCAGGCCAUGCCGGACAAAUCGAGAAGAUGGAAGAGAAGAUCAAGGGUCUCCGGUACCAGCAAUGGCGCAUCAAACAGAUGAUGCUCGAUCUCGAUUCGAAGCUCAAGAAGAAGCGAGGUGCAGAGUUCUUCGAGCGUGACGAGGAUAUGGAUGAUGAGUGGGUCAAAGAACACCAAGCUGCUCUCGUUGAGGAACAGCGCCAGAAAAUCACGAAGAAGUUCGAAAAAGACAACGAGAAGCGCGUCAGCGAAGGCGAGAAGGAGAUGAAGAACAAAGAGCUGGAAGAGCGCCUGGAGGUCGCGGAUGAGCUGGAGAAGAAGUUCAAGAAGGAGAACAAGACCGGCAAGGUCGAGGCGGAGGGCAAGGGAGCGACAGUGGAGAAGAUGGAGGCCAAUCUCGACAAGCUCACUCAACGCAUCGAAACGAUGAAGGUUCAGAUGGCAGACAAGGAUAACAACAAGGAAGUUGCUCUUGGGACUUCCAAGAUCAAUUACAUCGAUCCACGUCUGACCGUCGUCUUCUCCAAGAAAUUCAACGUCCCGAUCGAGCGCUUCUUCUCCAAGACGCUCCGCGAGAAGUUCGAUUGGGCUAUCAAGUCAGUCGACGAGGAUUGGGAAUUCUGAAGUCUUCCACUACUCGGUGGCGAUUUACAGCAUACUUACUCAGGGGGUUAUCUUUGCAGCGGCAUACGGGCGGCACAGAUUGAUUCAUGCGGUUUUUGGCUUUUGGUUUUAUGCUUUUCCUUCACUCGUUACCUCGGUAUGCAUUGUCCAUGACGGCAGUCGCCAUUGGCGACCCGCUUUGAGGGCCUACAACAAAAGUUCGCCAGGGCUGGAGGUCGCCCACCGAGUUAUCCGGCCGGUCAUAUGGCGCUCAAUGGCAGGGCUGUGGGCGCGGAUGCGGGCCGAUCCUUGGACAGCUGCGGGUCAUUUAUUGCAUCUCUUGCAUAGCAGGCGCACAGCUAGCCAAUAGAUAGACUCUAAGAUGCGAAAGAAAUCAAAAGCCUCUUGCACAUAUGCAAUGUACGCGAGCGGGAUGCUCGAGGGUGGUGUAUUGGAAGCGGCCCGAAGCAGCAAUGAUUUCCACGUCCCGGUGUCUGAAGGUGUAUUUGUUGAGGAGGCG